AUGGACGCGAUCGUUCCGCCCGAGGUCACUGCAGAACUCACCCAAAUACUGUCCAAUCUUGUCCUGGGCGACAACCAGAUUCGCGCAAAUGCUGAAGUGGCCGUCAAUGACCGCUUGGCACAAACACCAGAACUCUACCUCCUCGCUCUGGCCCAGUUCUCUCUCAAUGCAGGCACCGAAGUGAUGCGCUCUUUCUCCCUCGUUCUCCUUCGACGGCUGCUUUUCCGAUCCUUGCCCAACUCUCGCGUGCCACUGUACGACCAUCUCUCAACGCAAAACCUCGCUGCACUCGAGCGCAUCCUAAUGCAUUCACUCAUGCACGAACCUUCCCCCAUCGUCCGUCGUAAAGCAGUUGACACUGUCACCGAUCUCGCCAAUGGCUCCAUGAUUCGCGGUCGGCCGUGGCACACACUGCAGGCGCAGUCCUUCAGUAUGGUGAAUAGCCCUGAGGCGAUCACACGCGAGGCAGCGUACAGGGUGUUUACAGGCAGCCCAAAUCUCAUCAUGGACCUUGAGAUGGACUCGGUCCUCGGAGCGCUGCAGAAGGGGUUGUUGGAUCCUGAGAGCAUCGAGGUCCGGCUUGCCGCACUCAAUGCCUCCACACAGUUCCUGACCUCGUGCGAUAUCGGCCAGCAGGCGCAGGCACUUGCGCUGCUCUACCCAAUGCUCAACAGUCUGCCUACCAUUCCGCACGCACGCUUGCCUGCGUUUCUUGCGGUGCUCACGCCACUCGCGACGACCCAUCCGCACCUAUUUGAACACCACCUGCGCGCGCUACUCUCAUUCCUUCCGGCGCUAAUCGCGCCCGCCGUCGACGCGGGCCCGACACCUACUGUCGCGCGCCCGAAUCCAGCGGGUGCGAGCAGCUUCGUGUUCCCGCCACCGGCGCAAAAUGGGAAGGGCAAGGAACCAGCUGAGGAUCGCGAGGCAGCCGGCGAGGCGGAGGAGGUGCGGAAGGCGGCACUCGAGUUCAUGAUCAGUUUGAGCGAGGCGCGUCCACCGAUGGUGCGUCGUGUGGAAGGCUGGACAAGGGCUGUCGUGACUGGGUGCCUUGAGGGCAUGGGCGAGAUCCCGGAGGACGAGACAGAUAUUUGGCUCGAGGCUGAGCCAGGGGACGACCCCACGGACGAUACGUACCCGCAUGUGUACGAGCAGUCGAUUGACCGCCUCGCAUGCGCAUUGGGCGGGAAGGUGGUGCUGCCGCCGGCAUUCCAAUCUAUCCCUGCGAUGCUCGCAAGUCAUGACUGGAGAUUGCGACAUGCGGGCUUGAUGGCAAUCGCCGCUAUUGCUGAGGGAACUAACAAAGUUAUGCAGCACGAACUUGGGAAGGUCGUCGACCUCAUCACGCCGAUGUUCGCGGAUCCACAUCCACGGGUCCGAUAUGCAGCUUGUCAAUGCAUUGGCCAGCUAUGUACCGACCUCGAGGAGAUCAUCCAAGAACAAUACCAUCAGCAGAUUUUCGCUGCACUUAUUCCGACCCUCGAAGCACCAGAGCCUCGAGUACAUGCGCAUGCGGCUGCGGCGCUCAUCAAUUUCUGUGAGGGUGUCGAACGCGAGACGCUCCUACCAUAUUUGGACUCUAUCGUCGAGCGCCUGCUUCGUUUGCUCAACCCUGCAGCAGCCGACGGUAUGAAGUCGCCAAAGCGAUAUGUCCAAGAGCAGGUUAUUACGACGCUCGCGAUGGUUGCCGAUGCGAGUGAGGCGACGUUCGCGAAGCACUAUUUGUCUAUUAUGCCGUUAUUGCUUAACGUGCUUCAAAAUGCGAAUGGGCCGGAAUACCGCAAGCUGAGGGUGAAGGCUAUGGAAUGCGCAGGACUGAUAGCCAUUGCAGUCGGCAGAGACGUCUUCAGACCCGACGCAAGCACCUUUGUCAACUUGUUGAUGAAUAUUCAGAAUGGCCCACCCGAUCCGGAGGAUGCAAUGUUGGGCCACUACUUAAUUUCGACCUGGGCGAAGGUCUGUCAAGCAAUGGGCCCGGAGUUUGAGCCAUAUCUGCCCGUCGUGAUGCCACCUCUGCUGCAAGCAGCGAGCGCUAAAGCUGACGUCUCCAUCUACGACGAGGACGAGGAUCCAGAAGAAAAGGAGGGCUGGGAGAUGGUCAGCAUGGAUGGACAAAUGGUCGGGAUUAAAACAUCUGGGCUCGAAGAGAAGUGUCAGGCGUUCGAAACCCUCGUGAUUUACUGCUCGACGCUAGGUGUGCGAUUCGCGCCGUAUCUGACGCAGUGUCUCGAGCUUGUGCUCCCGUCUUUGCGCUUCUAUUUCCAUGAAGGCGUUCGAGAAGCCUGUGCAAUGUUGAUCCCGAUGCUCAUGUCGUGUGGAAAGAACAGCGGCACGCUCACAAAUCACAUGGUCUCCGCCACGUUCUCCCAGGUGGUGAACUGUAUCGGAGGCGAGACCGACGCCUCCUUCCUUGCGUCGCUAUACAAGUGCUUUAGCGACUGCACGCGAGUGCUCGGCGGGCCCGCUGCUCUACCUGUCGAGAUCAGCGACGGAGUCAUGGAAGUGACGAAGCGCCAACUGCAGAAUCUUGCCGACAAGCGUAAGGCACGCGCAGCGCGGCCAGCAUCGGAGCUGGAUAACGACAAAGACGAUUUGAUGUUGAUCGAGGAGAUGGAGGACUUCGCCCUUGAGGACAUGGCCAAGAUGCUUAUGCCAUUUGACGCAAACCACCCGCUGCUGAUCGCGAUAUCGAGUGUACGGGAGCUGGGACUUCAUUUGGGUCAGUGGGACAGCGAGGAUGAGGGUGGUAAUGAGGGGUAAUGAUCACGCUUCUUCAGGCGGGAGUCAUGGGGUGUGCUUUCUUGUCGCUAUCGAAUGUCUUGUUGAUCACUGUAGCCAGGAUAGAUGUGCUAACGAGGAGGGCCUAUCAUGUACCCAUAACAAAUGUUUUAAUUGUAUCACAA